UUGGCUGAGGGCGGCGGAAGCGCCGUGAGGCCGGUUCCGGCGGGCGCUGCGGCAGUGCGGGCCGCGGCCAUGGCGGGAGAGGUGCUGGGCAGGACGGCGGCUCUGGCGCUGGAAGAGCUGUAUGUUUCUGAACGGGAAGGCAAUGAUUCCACUGGUGAUGGGACACAAAAGAAACCAUUCAAGACUGUUCUAAAGGCUUUGAUGACAGCAGGGAAGGAGCCAUUUCCUACUAUUUAUGUGGAUUCCCAAAAAGAAAAUGAGAGAUGGGCCAUUAUUUCAAAGUCACAGAUGAAAAACGUCAAAAAGCUGUGGCACAGGGAACAGAUGAAGAAUGAUGCUAAGGAAAAGAAGGAGGCAGAAGAUCUCUUGAGAAGAGAGAAGAACCUAGAGGAAGCCAAGAAAGUUGUCAUCAAGAAUGAUCCCAGUCUUCCAGAGCCAAAAUGUGUAAAGAUUGAUGCUCUGGAGGCUUAUAGAGGCCAGAGAGUGAAGAUUUUUGGCUGGAUUCACAGGCUACGGAGGCAAGGGAAAAAUUUGAUGUUCAUUGUUUUGAGAGAUGGCACAGGUUUUCUUCAAUGUGUCCUUUCUGAUGAGCUGUGUCAGUGUUACAACGGGCUGAUUCUCUCCACAGAGAGCAGCGUUGCGGUGUAUGGUACACUAAACCUCGUUCCUGAAGGCAAGCAGGCUCCAGGAGGCCAUGAGCUCAAAUGUGAUUACUGGGAGCUUAUUGGUCUUGCCCCAGCAGGAGGGGCUGACAAUCUCCUCAAUGAGGAUUCUGAGGUGGAUGUGCAACUCAACAACAGGCACAUGAUGAUCCGAGGCGAGAAUAUGUCCAAGAUCUUCAAGGUGCGCUCUGUGGUCGUACAGGCCUUCAGGGAUCAUUUCUUUGCCAAUGGAUAUUGUGAGGUCACACCACCAACUUUAGUCCAGACACAAGUGGAAGGAGGCUCAACCCUAUUCAAACUGGAUUAUUUUGGUGAAGAGGCAUACCUAACACAGUCGUCCCAGCUCUAUCUGGAGACCUGCAUUCCAGCACUGGGAGAUGUUUUCUGUGUUGCUCAGUCAUACAGAGCUGAGCAAUCCAGGACCCGCAGACACUUGGCAGAAUACACUCACAUUGAAGCUGAAUGUCCUUUUAUAAGUUUUGAGGAUUUGUUGGACCGUCUGGAGAACUUGGUUUGUGAUGUAGUGGACAGAGUCUUGAAAUCUCCUGCAUCGAGCUUGCUGUACGACGUCAACCCGAGCUUCAAGCCCCCUAAACGUCCUUUCCGAAGAAUGAACUAUACUGAAGCCAUUGAGUGGUUAAAGGAACAUGAUGUGAAGAAGGAAGAUGGCAGUUAUUACGAGUUUGGGGAAGAUAUUCCUGAAGCUCCUGAGAGACUGAUGACAGACACCAUUAAUGAGCCGAUCUUGCUGUGCCGAUUUCCUGCAGAGAUUAAGUCGUUCUAUAUGCAGCGCUGUCAGGAUGAUCCCCGGCUUACUGAGUCUGUUGAUGUGUUGAUGCCUAAUGUUGGUGAAAUUGUUGGAGGCUCCAUGCGUAUCUGGGACAGUGAGGAGCUGCUGGAAGGCUACAAGAGAGAGGGCAUUGAUCCCACACCGUACUACUGGUACACUGAUCAGAGGAAAUACGGCACGUGCCCUCACGGUGGAUACGGCUUGGGGCUGGAACGGUUCCUGACCUGGAUUCUGAACAGACACCACAUCCGGGAUGUGUGUCUGUACCCCCGCUUCAUGCAGCGCUGCAAGCCCUAACCCUGCUUGUGCUGCAUGGGGCACUGCUGGGCUGCAGCCUGCCUCGGAGCAAGACUUCAGUGCAGCCUGUUGCUGAUUUAAGUGCUGAUGUAGAGCGUUAAAAGAGAAAAAACAAACAGAACAAACCCUCUUUUUUUUUUAAUGAAAAAUACUACUAAUUAACUGGAGAAGCCUUAGGAAAAGUUGUUAGUUGUGUUUAUGUGCUCCAGUCAGCAGAAAACAAAGAUCCUGGUAAGCUGUCAUUUAAAACCUGAGAUAUUCUUCUGCUUUCAGUUUCUGUGACUUAAAAUAUGCUGGGCUUUGAUUCUUCUUAUUUUUGAAUUUGCUUCCAUUUUAGUUAAUGUUUUUUCUUGGGGAUUUAUUGUUGGAGAAAUGGGGAUUUCAGGCUUUUAAAACUCCCAAACACUGACCUUUGAGAGUGGUAUGAAGAGAAACCAUACGAGGAGAGAUUGUCUGAAGACCUCAACAAAGUGUAAAAAUGAAAUAAUCUUAAGUGCUGCAUUUUUUAAACUGCUGUUUUUAACAGAAGCUCUGUUUGAGUCGAUUCAGCUGCAAGGUGUGGAGCAUGGAAUUUCACUGCUAGAGACGUGGGUGGGUGUUAGGCAUUUGUUCCAGAUUAUUUGUUGGUGAGAAAGGAUGAGGCUGAUGGUGAGGUGGGCUUUGCUGCUUUUUCCUGGUACCUGUGGAUACAGCACCAUCGUGGGUCUGUGGCCACCCAGCCUGGGCUGAACUGCAGGAGACGUGUCAGAGCCCUGUCAGCUUGGGGUCGCUUGGGUGCUUUUGUUGCCUUCCAUGUGAAGAUUCUGCUGUCUGUUUCAAAGCAGAAAUGGCUGAUUGAGACCCAAAGGAGCCGGUAACUUUAAAAUGCAGUUGGAUUUCAGCGUUGUCUGCUGACUGAAUUGCUGUCCUCCCUAGGUGGGUUGCAGUUCAAGCAGUGCUUUCCCACACUGCUGGAGUGUUUUCUCAUAGUAGAGCAGUUCUGUGUUUCCAAGCUGGCUUCAUGUUCUCUUGUGCUGCUGCAUCUGAGCAGGUUCUCUGGCUAUAAUCAAGUUAUCAAAUAGGAUUAAUUAGAUAUUUAAUGUAUUGAGUCAUCUUUGUGUUUUUUAGUCGUAAAUAAAGCAAGUCCUUUAACCAGAGAGAAACACAGAAUGGUGGGAGCAUCAUUUGCUGCCUGCACUGACACUUGGUCUGGAUUUACUUUACCACUCACAGAAUCAUUGAGCUAUGCUGUACCCACAUUUUUGUAACACAUGACUGGUUUUCUUCAUCUUGCAUGUUACAUAUAUAUAAACUGAUCUAAAUCAGCAACCAAUAAAUUAUGGCAAGACAGUA